GAUCGGCAGCGGUGCAGGCCAAGAUCGACGCGUUCCUCGCGCAGGAGAUCAUUUUCCGGGAUGAAGCGGAGCGGCUGAAGAGCAGCAUGAGGAAAUUGGAACAACUCGCCGAGUGCGAGGAUCGAGUGAUUGAGCUUCAGCAGCUGCGCGCCGACGGCGACGAAUUGUCGAGCAGGUUGAAGCAGAUGCAGGAGGACACGGUGUUGCUGAUGGCCGAGCUCGCGAAUGCGAAAGACGACCUGAAGACUCGGCAAGCGGAAAUGGAUAUUCUGCGAGGCGAGAAAGCGAGGUGUCUGGACGAGUUGGACGUGGCGAGCGAGAAGCUCGAGAAACUCGCUGGCGAGUUACGCAACGAACGGAACACCAGGACGAGCAUGCAAAAGGCUCUCGAGGAUUGCCAGGCGGAAGUGGAUAAGUUGCGGAGCGACAAUGCGAGUCUUCUGAGCGCGAUAGACAAGACGCAACUCGAGAACGACGAAUUAAAGGACGCAGUCGACGAACUGCGGUCGGACUUGAAGACCUCAGAAGAAAAGAGCAAAGGGCUGGCGUCGAAGAAUGAUCGCAUCGUCGCGGAGUACGCUGACUUAUCCGGCGAACUUGAAAAAGUACGUGUCGACAAUCUGAGAUUGAUUAAAAGGCUUGCCGAGCUUGACGAACUGAGCGUGGAUGCUGAUCGCAGUGCGAAGGAGAACGAAGCCCUGCGACGCGAGAUAAAUAAACUGAGCGACGAGGGCGAAACUUUGCGGAAGCGCAUUGACGCGAUCGAGUCCGAGCGCGACAAAUUAAAUACGAGGAACGCGUCGCUGGAAGCAGAAGCCCGGGAAACACGGGCGGAACUCGGGCGAGCGAAACAGCAAAGUGACGAGUUGAGAAGCGAGGUCGAUAAGCUGAACGUUGACCUGCGUCUCCUGGCGGAAAAGUCUCAAGUGGCGCGGGAAGAGCUGGAGGGCACGAAAGUCGAUUUGCAUAGUCUCGGGGCUGAGAAUGAAUUCCUGAAGAAGGCAUUGGAAAAUGCUAAAUUGGACGUUAACGAACUCGCGGAGGGAAAUGUUGCCUUAAAAAACAAUCUUGAUAACACGAUCAAGGAGCUGAGAUCCGUGACAGUCGAACGCGACGACGUCAGAGCGCAGGUGGACCGGUUGUCAUCGAAGAACGAACGCUUGCGAGACGAAUCAGGGAGGUUUCGAGCGGAGGCGGAUCAGUUAAAAUCUGAGGGGGUGGCGUUGAAGGACGGCCUCGACAGACUGAUGCAGGAGAUUGACAAACUAAAGACCGAGAGCCGUGAGCUGCAGGACGAAAGUGCCGUUGUUAAAGCCGAGAGAGACAGCCUGAGAUCUGAGAGCGGUUCUCUGAAAGACGACUUGUCUAGGACGAGGGAGGCAUUAGACGACACGAGGCGGCAAUUGGAAAAGUUCAAAAUCGAGAAUGGAGUUCUCCAGGAAGACCUGGCGGGGGCUAAUGUAAAUAAUAAUAAGUUACUCGCGGAACUGAACGUCUCGCAGAGCGAGAUGGCAAAGUUGAGGUCGGAGAACAGGGAAUUGCUGCGACAGGCAGAUCAUAGGAAAAAAGAGAUAACGAGAUUAUCGUCCGAAAUGGAAAGUCUGCGGAGAGAGAUGGACGACACGAGCGGCGAAUUGACGAGAGCGAGCAGCGAAGUUACCGAGCUGCGGCGGGAGAUUGUUGGCUUAAACAAUGAGCUGAAAGAGACGAGAGUCGCGAAUGAACAGCUAACGGCGGACGUUCGUCGCACGGAAGCGGAGAGCAAAGCCGCUAGGGCGGAGGCGGAUGACUGCAGGGACGAGAAUGACGCGCUGAGAGCGGAGGUAAGCGAAUUGAGGGAACAGAUGAACUUAUCGGCGGCCCAAGUAAACAAAUUAAGAGAGCAGCUCGACGAGGCCGAGAAUCAGAUUAAGUCUCUCGAGCCUCAGAUCGCUAGUUUACGGACUCAUAGGGACAAGGCACGGAACGAGAUUAACGCGUUGCAAAACGAGAUCAGCCAACUGAAACUAGAUCUAAGCGCGGAGACUGCCGGCAAACGAGACAUUCAGGAGGAAUUAACGGCGCUGAAGAGCAAGAUGAAAAACUUCAUCCCGAUGAUCGAUGAGCUGAUGGCGCAGAAACGCACCCUGGAAGAGGAGAGGGACACCCUGAGGAGGGAUCUGUCGAGCCUGAAUGAAGAAACGUCGAAUCUGAGGGUUGCAAACACCGAGAUCACGAGGGAGGUUCAGAGUUUAAGGCCGCUCGUGUCGGACCUGCGGUCGCAAGUGUCCAAAUUGGAGGGCAACAUCGAGUACUGGAGGUCGGAAAAUCGCAAGCUGGAGAUGAACGCGGCCGAGCUGUCCGCGGAGCAUGAAAAGACGAAGAAAGACCUGGACGACUGCAAGGUUGAGCGACAGGCGUUAAAGAACGAGACAACUAAUUUCCAAGACGAGAAGUUGCAGCUCGAGGGAGAGAUCGUGGAGCUGAAAAGCCAGUUGGAGAAACUAAAUCUGACUUGGCGCGCGGAAAAAUCCGACAAGGAGAAGGCCGCGGGGGAUCUGGCGAAGGUCAGCGACGAGGUCGUCGCCCUGAGAGAGGAACUCGAUGCGCUGAGGGUCGAACUGACUAAAUUGAGAGCGGCGAGCGAUAAGGUGAGGGGCGAGAGGGAGGAUCUAUCGCGUCAGGUAUUAGCAGCGAAGGCAGAGCUGGAGAACACGAGGAACGAGGCUACCGCUUUGAGAGCGGACAAUGACGCUCUGAAAUCUAAGGCAAAUACGCUGGCAACCGCGAACGACAGUCUGCGAAACGAGUCGGAUAAAUUAACAGCCAGUCUUGACAAUUUGAGAUUGGAGAACGUAACAUUAAAGGAGAGACACGAUCGACUCGCGGAGGACUUUGACAGACUGAAGGGCGAGGGCGACGGGCAAAGGGUCGAGAUCAAGAGUCUCAAGUCUGAUCUGUCGGCCGUACAGGCGGAAUCGGCAAAAAUUAGGUCGGAGUUAUCCGCCUGCCAGUCAGAGAACGGUAGAUUGCGAGCGGAUCUGGAAAAGCUGCGAGAGGACUCGGGCGUACUGAAACUGGCGAAUGACAGAUUAAACAAUGAGGUGGAGGGGCUGAGGGCGGCAUCGAUCGAUGCCGAGAACAGGAUGAACAGGUUGCGCGAUCAGACGGCCGCGUUGCAAGACGAGAAAGCGGCGCUUUUGAGCGAGUUACACGGCUUACGGGCGGAAGUGAGCGAGUUAGGUAAAGAAGUUGCGGAUAAAGCCGCGAGGGAGGCGAUCUCUCCGAGCGGCGAAUUAGCGUCGCUAAAAGCGGAGCUGGAUCGAGUGCGCGGGGAGCGGGCGGGUCUCGAGAAGAAGCUGAGCGACGUGAAUAAGCAAUACGCCGCACUGGAGGCCGAAAAUACCGCGUUGAGGAUCGAAGAUAGCAGAGUGACGAAGGAGCUGGAGUCCUGCGAGCUCGAUUUAAGCUCGGCGAGGCGCGAUCUCGAUCAGCUCAGGAAUCUGAACGAAGAGGUCGAUCGAUUGAGAAAGGCACACGGUGCCGCCGUACGAAAAGUUCAAUUUCUCGAAGGGCAGCUUGCCGAUUUGCCAGAUAAAAGAGAAAAGAAACCGGAAAAAGAGGUGGUUGCUGAUGACGUUGCGCGAGUGCAGCUUGAUGAAUUAACGAGCAAGCUGGAUGCCGAGAAGCCAACCGAAGAAGCCAUCCUAAGAGAAGCGGAUGCUUUGAGGGAGGCUUUGGCUCGCUCGCAAGAUGAUCUGAAUAGAUGUCGCGCGGACAAGGAACGAUUAACGAUAGAGUUGACCGCCGCGGAAAAUCGAGCGUCCGCGUUGCGGACGGAGUUGGAAAAGGUCAAAGCCGAGAAUAACAUCCGGGAGAGCGAGAUGGCCCAACUAAAAUCGGCGCACGACCAAUUGCGAGCUGAAUGCGACAAAUUAAAGGAUGAGAAUAAGGACGUGAGGAACGAGCUGGCAAGCGCGCGGAUCGAAGCGGACGAGCUGAGGGACAGGCUGACGAGAUUAAGAGCGGCGCGCGACAAAGAGCCGCGUGAUCCGGAUCUCGAAGGGCUCACGCUGAAGAACGACGAGCUGCGGGACGAGCUGCGAAGGGCGCGGAGCGAGAGAGACAGGGCGCGGGAGGACGCGACGCGCGCGGAAGCGGAGAAUGAUAAAUUAAAAAUUACCGGCGACGCUCUUAGCGCGGAACUCGAUCGAUUGAGGGCUCAGCGAGACAAAAUAGCGGAUUACCUCGAGCAAAUCGACGCGGGGCGGGAAGGUAACGGCGCGGAGGAUCGGAUCCGAGGACUGUUCGACGAGAAUCACGCUCUGAGAAUCGAAAACGCCAACUUGAAAGCCGAAUUGGAUCACUGCCAGGCGGAGCGGACGCGUUUAAACAAACAGUUGGACGAUUUGCAGAGCGAGAAUAUCAGAUUGCUGAGGUCCCUCCCUUCUCCGGAAGCCGGCGCGGUUAAGCCAGAUGAAUGCAGCGACUUCGUUAAGGCGAAUGAAUUACUAAAGAAACAGAUUGAAAAGCAAUAUGACGCUGUGCAGCGGGUGCACAAUUACAUACGCUUCGUGGACGGCGAGAUUUCCGUGAGACCUACGAUGGCGACGAUGUUGGAGGACGACCUCGGUGACCUCGAGGAAUGGACGGUGCCAUCCAUCGUGGAGCUGCUGAGAGAAUCGCGGAAGCUGUCCGAGAACCUGCACUCGGCCGAGAUGGACGUGCAACGCAUCGACAAGCUGGCAAAGCUUCUCGACGAGUGCAGGAGGGACAACGAGAAUUACAUGAAGCAAUUGUCGGAGCUCGGCGUGCAAGUUACCAAGGUUGCAGGUGCGGAUAAUGGCGAUGAGCUUGCAGCUUUUGACCCUGACUCGUGGCUGAAGUCGCUGACAUUGACGCAACUCGCCGAGUUGCACGACAAGGUCUGCCUGCUGACUUCGAGCAUGGUACAGCGAGAUAUUCCGGUCGCGGGUCGCGAUCGAUCAGCGAUUAAACGAGGAGAACGCGACCCGCUGCAAGCGGAUUACGACGCCUUAAACCGGCGGAUCGCCGCGCUGCAGAGGCAAAUAGCCGAGAAGCAGAUUGAAGCGGGGCGGAAGCUACAAGAAUUAAGACAAGCUCUGCGUCUGGAGCAGGCCAGCCUGAUCCGGAUCGCCGAGCGGAUGAACCUCGAAAGAAGGCGCAACCUGGCGCUCCGUCUUACCAUGGACGACUUAUCAUGAGGUUUUCCAAUAAAAAUCAAUUAAAACCCCGAUCAUCUGAUCACGAUGGCUGCGUUCGAGAUUCUGUGCGCCUGUCUAGUGAUCUUACUGUUGCUUUACUAUUAUGUCACCUACGAGUUUGAUUACUGGACGUCGCGCAGAGUGAAUGGACCGAAACCAGUGCCGUUCUUCGGCAACACCAAGAAUUUCAUAUUAGGCAAGAUGUGCAUGGGCGACGUCUUCAAAAGUAUCUAUGACAAAUACCCGAAGGAGCGGAUGGUGGGUGCGUUCAUCAGAGGGGAACCCGUGCUCGUCCUAAGGGAUGCCGACGAUAUCAAGCAGGUGCUGAUCAAGGAUUUUACCACAUUCCCCGAACGACACAGCGAAGUCUAUGAGAAGGCCGAGCCCAUGUCCCUGCACCUCUUCAGGCUCGACGCUGUUAGAUGGCGACCAUUAAGAACGCAGCUCUCGCCCAUCUUCACGUCCGGGAAGUUGAAGGACAUGUUUCACUUGUUGCUCAACUGUUCCGAGCACUUCGAGAGGUACCUGGCCGAGAUGGUGCCCAUAGAGAGGAUCGUCGAGUGCCGGAAUCUCACGUCUAAGUUCACUAUUGACGUGAUCGGCACGUGCGCCUUCGGCAUCGAAAUGAACGCCCUGAACGAGGAGAACAACGAGUUCUGCAAGAUGGGUCGCAAGAUAUUCCGCUCCGACCUCAAGACGCUCGUCAGGAACACGCUCAAGGAUAUACCAUGGUUCUACAAGCGCAUUGGGCACAUCUUCGACGACCAUGAUAUCACCGAGUUCAUGACGAACAUCACCCGCGACACCAUAGAGUACAGAAAGAAGAACAACGUGCGCCGGCACGACUUCGUCGACACGCUGAUAGAGCUCAAGGAUCAUCCCGAGAAGCUGGGCAUUAACAACGUAAACGACACUUUUAUCGCCGCUCAAUCGUUCGUGUUCUUUGCGGCUGGCUUCGAGACGUCCUCCACAACGAUAGCCUUCGCGAUGUACGAACUAGCUCGGAAUCACAAAGUCCAAGAGAAGCUUCGCGAUGAAAUGAAGCAAAUCUUGAGCAGCUGCAGCAACGGAACAAUAUCAUACGACGAUAUCAAGAAGUUUACUUACCUGGAACAAGUCUUCCGAGAGACUCUCAGGAAGUAUCCGCCGGUGAUGUUUCUCUCGAGGAAGGCUGAGCGGGAUUACACCUUCGAAAGUACUCAACUUACCAUACGAAAGGGAUUAAAAGUAUUCAUACCGGUGUACGCCAUUCAACAUGAUCCCAGCAUCUAUCCGGACCCAGAGGUCUUCGAUCCCGAAAGGUUCAACGACGAUAAUGCCGACUUGAAGAACUCCAUGUACUAUCUACCUUUCGGCAACGGCCCACGGAAUUGUAUUGGUGCAAGAUUCGCCGUGUAUCAAGUGAAGAUCGGCUUGAUAAAAGUGCUGAUGAACUACAAGAUCGACGUUUGCGAGAAGACUGAGAUUCCCCUUACUAAUGAACCAAUGAGCGCUAUAAUGUUGCAACCUCGUCACGGCGUAUACGUGAAACUGACCAGGCUCACCUAACUUGGGAAGAAGGACUCGAAUUUUAUGAGCUUUAUGCGUAGUAAUAUUAAUGAUACUGAUUUAUAAUGUGUUUAAUGGUAUAUUUAUAACAAUGUAUUUUUCGUGACAUCAUCUGUAGAUAUAUUUUUUAUACGAGAGUUAUCUUUCAAGUGUAACCUCGACGACACAUACAUGUUAAUAUAUACUUGUUAAAUAAAUAAAGUGGUUUUCUUACGA